GCAACAGUGUGACACUCUGACAAGGGGAUCAAUUUCUGACAGAGGAUCACAGCUGGGGAUAGGAGGGGGACACCAGAGGCACCACUGGAAAGCUAGAGCGAUGGCGUCUUGUCUCAUCUUAUGGAUGAGCUUUAAGCAUUUCUGGAGAAAAGAAAACCUACCACCUGGACCUACCCCUCUGCCAUUACUGGGGAACUUUCUACAGCUGAGGAAAGGAGACAUAGUGAAAUCCCUGCUGAGACUUCGUGAGAAAUACGGAGAAGUGUUCACCAUCUACAUGGGUUCCACACCAGUCAUCGUGGUCACAGGAUACAAAUCUGUAAGAGAAGUGUAUGUGGACAGAGGGGAUGAUUUCUUAGCCCGAGGUGAUAUUCCUAUGUUUGAUUUUUGCUACAAAAACUAUGGGAUUGCCUUCACAAGUAACAUGGACCGGUGGAGGCAGCUUCGUAGAUUUUCUCUUUCCACAAUGCGAGAUUUCGGCCUGGGAAAAAGGAGUAUAGAGGACCGGAUUCAAGAAGAGGCUGUGUGUCUAGUGGCGGAAUUCAGGAAAACAAAAGAAUCAUUGGUGGAGCCUCAAACUUACAUAAGCAAAGCUGCCUGCAACAUUAUCUUCUCCAUGGUGUUUGGAAAUCGUCAGGAUUACGAGGAUGCGGAGCUACUGAAUGUUAUUUCCUUCAUACACACAACAUUCUCCGUUGCCAGCUCAGGAUGGGGCCAGUUAUAUGGGAUGUUUCCCACGGUCAUGCAGUUUAUCCCUGGGAGACACCAAGAGAUCUUCAUCUGUUUGAAAGAACUCCUUCUAUUUGUGGAAAAAAGAGUAGAAAUGAACAAGAAAACUUUGGAUGAGAAUAACCCCAGGGACUAUGUUGAUGCUUUCCUCAUUAAAAUGGAGAAGGAAAAGAUUAAUCCCAAAAGUGAAUUCCACCUCACCAAUUUAGUGAACAGUACUCUGCAGAUCUUCUUUGCUGGGGUGGAUACCACCAGCACAACCCUGACCUAUUCUCUUCUUAUUCUCCUUAAAUACCCAGAUGUCCUUGCCAAAGUCCACAAGGAGAUUGACAAAGUCAUUGGUCGGGACCGAUGCCCAAAGAUUCAGGACCGGAACCAGAUGCCAUUCACUGAUGCUGUUAUUCAUGAAAUACAAAGAUUCAUAGAUUUGGUUCCAAUGGGUAUACCACGAAAAACAACAAGAGACAUUACAUACAGAGGGUACUCUAUUCCUAUGAACACCAAUGUGUAUCCGAUGUUGUCAUCUGUGCUGAAGGACCCUACCUGCUUCCUGUACCCAAAUGAAUUCAACCCCAAGAAUUUUCUGGAUGACAAUGGUCAAUUUAAAAAGAAUGAGGCCUUUAUUCCUCUGGCUACAGGUAAAAGGAUUUGUUUGGGAGAAAGCCUGGUCCGAAUGGAGCUGUUUAUUAUUCUAGUCUCUAUAAUACAAAACUUUACCUUGAAAUCACCCAUUCCUCCGGAGGACUUGGACAUCACACCGGACAUAUCUGGACUGGGAAAUUUUCCCAAACUCUACAAAAUGACUUUUAUCCCUCGUUAAAUAUUAUUAUUAUCCCAUUGCGCUGUCCUAUGUGUAGACAUGAGAUUUUUAACGUGAAAAGCCAGAGUAGUUACAUAAGACUUCUUGGUCCCAAUGCUAAAUCUAAAGAGGGACCCUCUAACUAACAUUUUUUAUUAGUCUCUUUAUUUGGGCAGCAAUACAUUUUCACCCCUAUCAAGCUCCAGGGCCUGGGGGGCAUCUGCACCCCUUGCACUCCUUAUAACAACUUUAUUAAAAAUAAAAUUCCCUGACAGCCUCAGGUUGGAGGCUAUUGCUCUAUAGGUAUUGUGCCCAUAGUGUUUUUUAGUCUUUUUUUGGAGAAAGUGGAUUUUGUGGGCUUAAAAUAAUAGCUAAGGAGCCAUCAUCAUUCUUUCAGCUUCGAUCUAAACCAUUGGGACACAUUUUCAGAUACAAGAAGACCUGUAUUAUCCAAAAUAAUGCUUAUGGAACCUGUUUAGGAAAUUCCAUGAGACCAGUAGAGGGAAACUCAUCUCAUGUACAGAUAUGAUAAACCUGAAGUCAAGAGAUCAGGCAAAAUAUAGGGCAAGCAGAGAGUUAAAGGGGUAUUCUAGCUUUAUACAUCGUAUCCCCUAUCCAAAUGAUAGGGGAUGAGAUGUAUGAUCGCAGGGGUCCUGCUGGGCGCUGCCUUCAAGACGGGGAUGUGACGUCACGGCCACGCCCCCUCCAUACAUGUCAAUGGGAGGGGGCGUGAUCCUUUGGAUAGGGGAUAAGAUGUAUAAAGCCAGAAUACCUAUUUAAGCAUAUGUGGUGCGCCAGUGGUGUUAUAGCGGGACCACGGGGCGUAGCGGUGUAGGUAGAGGGGCCAGAUGGUCUUAACCCCUGGGGCAAGAUGUUGUUAACCCCUGAUGUUCGUGACGCCAGGAUGUGGUUGUUUGGUGUUAGGUACCGACGACAACCAGCCCAAAAACGGCAUAUGGUAAAUGAGUCCAAAGCAGGGUUUUGAUGCAACUGGAACUUUACUGAUGAAGAAGGCAGAAAACAGUCUUUACAAACAGCCAACUUCCACAGAGAUGACAGGGACACAGUCUUGCUUGGACUUGUAGUUGUAAUAAUGAUGAUUCAAGCCACAGAACUACUGUUAUGACUUUGGUAGGGACAGUAGAGACUUGACUUGUACUCACAGAUUAGAUGUGGCUGCAGGUUUAUAGGCUUCGGCCUAGAUAUGCUGGACUUGACUUGUACAGGACUUGUGUUUGCUUUGCUUGCAGGAGCUAAGAGACCUAGUGGGGAGACUACAGUCCCUUAUAUAUCAGGGGGCUGGACUAAAGCCCAUUGGUAGCUGGUUGCCUGUGGUUAUCUGUGCCCAUGGAACUCUGGAUAUCAUGUGAUCACAUAGCACAUGAUAUAUCACAUGACCUUAGGAAGGUCCUAUGCAGGGUAAAUAUCCUAACAACCUUUAUAUACAGUUUACAUUCACAGUACAAUACUUAUAACAAAUGUACAUGCUUAAUAUACAAUAGAAUUGAAUAUAACACCAUAUAAUGACUUAGGGGGACCCUGCGGGAGAGCCCUGUGGACCUGAGGGACUCCACCUGAGGGGACUUUAGGACUGUACAGAACCAUGUUGUGUACCGGGACACCACAGAUAGCUUUGCUUCCUCCGAAACAGAGCACAUUUUAAAGUAGGGUAAAGAAAGUGCUAAGAGGUUGAUGACCAAUGGAUUAAACUAAGUUUGGGAAAGUCUGAAAUAUUGAGUCUUGUAUUUGAAACAUAGAGCUUAAGAUCCUUUGCUUAAAGGAAAACUGACAGCAGCGUAACCCACACAAAUCCACUGGUACAGCCAGUUAGUUUUGGUGACACUGAUAAAAAUAGUGUUUACCUUAUUUUUCGAGGUGCCACCAUUCCCAACAUAUCGCUAAAAAUUUCAAUAUGUAAAUCAGUCUCUUGGUGCACUUGAGGCGUUUCCUAACCCCAAGAUGCACUGGUACUUCUUCUUAACUGUUAUUCUUCCUCAUCUUACCUAAUGAAUAUUCAUACUCUCCCUUGUCUGCAUGUAGCUGGCGGAAAAGGAAGAUCUGCUUGAGUUCUGUGCACGCACAUGUGGGAUCUCAGUAUGUAGCAGAUAGGUGCAGUAGAGGGAGCCUGUAAAUAUACAUCAGGGGGUGUGAGUCAGGGACCGGCUGGAAAGAAGAAUUAGUGGCUCUCUGGACUAGGGAACUCCCAGACUCCCUGCCUUGACAAAGGAUCCGAUCCCGAAACGCAGCGUUGAGGUGGUGUCCACUCAGGCCAUCUUGGAGCAUUUUUAGACUAAGUAUGCUUAGACUUUGAGCUUGCUGUGCUUUGUAGUCCUUUUGGACAUGAUUUUACUUUAGCUGUGCUAUUGCUUCUAUAAUGUUUGUGCAUAUUAUGUCCUACUAGCUCCUAUUCUUGACCUGAGGAGUCACUCAUGUUUUCUUGCUGUUCUGUCCUCCAUCUGGGUGGAAGUCCUCCAUGUUUUAUGUAUUGAUGUAUUACUAAUAAAAGUAUAUUUAGUA